AACAACAACAAGAGCAGGAAGAGAAAGAAGAGAAUUUUCAAUCAUGAAGAUGGCUGACGGUUCCACAAUUUUGCGACGAAACAGACCCGGAACAAAGGCAAAGGACUUUUCCAACUGGGCCGAUGAAGUGUUCGAGGAGAUGGACAGCACGCUUGCCGUGCAGCAGUACAUCCAGCAGAUGAUCAAGAAGGACCCCUCGAAUGUGGACCAAAUUCUUACCAUGCCCGACGGGCAGGACGAGGGUGUGUGGAAGUACGAACACCUGAGACAAUUUUGUAUGGAAUUGAACGGGCUGGCGGUGCGACUCCAGACGCAGUGUUUUCCUGCCACCUGCACCCAGAUGACUGCGACGGAGCAGUGGAUCUUUCUGUGUGCAGCACACAAAACGCCCAAAGAGUGUCCGGCGAUCGAUUACACGCGGCACACGCUCGACGGUGCUGCAUGCUUGUUGAAUAGUAAUAAGUAUUUUCCCAGCAGGGUCUCGAUCAAAGAUUCGUCGGUAGCAAAGCUAGGCUCGGUGUGUCGCCGGGUGUAUAGAAUUUUCUCGCACGCCUACUUCCACCAUCGGCGAAUAUUCAACGAGUUCGAGGAGGAGACAUCGCUCUGUCUAAGGUUUACCAACUUCGUCACGAAGUACACGCUCAUGUCGAAGGAGAAUCUGAUCGUUCCCAUUCCGGAAUGUGAGCUUACGCCCGGCGAAAGUGAAGCCUAAACAUCGGCGCGUAGGCGAAGCGGUGAAAGGUAAUCCCCAUUUCGGUAAUCCUUGUGCGCGUGACAUGUAAGCGGAUAUCCUUUAACCGUUGCUCUGAUCGCAACAUCAGCUGCAGAAGCAUACGCGAAGGUAAGGGUAAGAGCGCACUGAAGGGAUAGUGUAUUCUCUGCGAUUUAAAACGAAUUGGGUGUGUGCUCGAUAUCGACAAACCACGUUCAGGUGAACCCUGAUCAUUGCUAAUCGUUCUAUUUAGUUGGGAAGUUUACUUCCCUUAUCUUUCCCGUCUAGUUUAACGUAUAAAUUAUUUAUAGUUCACUGUGUCCGUUCUAUUUGCUUUUAAAUCCCCCUUUCCCCGUAAGUUCAAUGUGAAACGAGUAGUGCUUUUAAAUUAUCACGAUUUCUUUUUCCCAAUCCUGUGUAGCACGAUAGUGCGACAGUAGAGCAGCAACGUUAAAGCAAAACUAGCCAGGGCAAACCCUUCCCAAAUCAAGCAAAAACAAAGCGCCAGUGUUUGUGAAACUAAGCAAAGCUGUGUACAUGUUCCCCAGGGGUUUGCAAACAACAAUCUUUUUAGUAUUUCGUGUGUGUGUGUGCUAUAAAAAACACAAAACAAUAUCGAACGGUGGAAGUCUUGUGUGCGUGUGCAAGCAGUUGAGGGGGUAGUAGGUUUGAUGUGUGCGAAUAUAUAAUGAACAAAAAAAACGGGCAGAAGAGAAAAAAACCAGCAAAUUUAUAGCAAAACGAUAUUAAAACAAACAAGCAAAACAUUAACCCUAACGCAACACUCAUCUAAAGUAAUGAAAAUACCUAUAUAUAUAUAUACGUGUAUAAAUAGUGAAGCUAUAAUAUAAUUGAACAAAUUCACAAAACCAAACAAUAAGCAAAGGUACGCGGGACACACUAGUAACACACACACAAAUACCGGUUCGGGAAUCAUAAAGAAAAGAAAUAGUAAAACACAAUGUACCACCACCAACCGCCAACGGAGCGGUUUUCUUUCCGCAACACGAUUGACACGACGUUUGACAACACCCCGAUCAUCCCUCAUGUUCAAAGCAAUAAUGGAAAGUCACACUUGAGUGGAAGUCGAAUGAAAGCGACGAGUUGCAAAGUGUUUCAACAAACAAACAAAAUAUACAAAAUAUACUAAUAGAAAGGCUAAAGCAUAUAAAAACAAACGAAACUAAGGGCUACUUUAUGCGUAGGUUUUGUUUUUUUAAAGGAUUUUUCUUUCUUCGUUUUCGUUAGACAAUCGUGUUGCGUUCGUUUUGAAACGUUUAGAUCCGGCGUAGGAUCAUUCCUUUACACUCGCCAUUUCAAACCGGAAAUCCUGCCACUGCUGCCCACGUUUUCUCAUGCUAUCCUAAGGUCCCGUAACGACGUAACUCUAGCAGCGGGACUCGAACCAAUUCAUGUAUGCCAAUAGAGAGACCCCAACCACCAGGGUGGUGUGGUGGAGCGAUGGCGCGUAGGUGACAAACAAACGAAAAAGCUCGUUUCAGCAUUACAAAACUAAUACGGUAAAGCGACUACAUUAAACAAAACUCGUUUCAAGCUCUACACACUAUUACACACGACAGGAACAAUACGUGAAUUAGAGGUGUAAUAAAAAAAACAAAAUCCAUUUAUCAAAUACUUUCACGAAAAAGACGAA